CAAUCAUUGAGAAACGUAAAUGAGUGUCGGGGGGUUGACGAUUACAUUACUUUGUUGACCUGCCUUUAUACGGCGUUGCCCGGACAGCUAUGAUCGUUUGAAGAUAAGUGGACUGAAAAAUUUGGAUGGAGGAGACUUGUCUGUUAGUGUAACCAAAUACACGUCUGCGUACCGAGCAAGUGUUGAAGACCUCGCUGAAAUCAGGAAGUGGCAUUGCUGAUCUUGUUUCGAACAGUAACGUUACAUCGCCAUGGCUGAAUAUCUGGCCUCGAUUUUUGGAACAGAGAAGGACAAGGUGAAUUGUUCCUUCUACUUCAAGAUCGGCGCGUGCCGGCACGGCGAGCGCUGCUCCCGGCUGCACAACAAGCCCACCUUCAGCCAGACGAUCGUGCUGCAGAAUCUGUACGUGAAUCCGCAGAACUCGGCCAAGUCGGCCGAUGGCAGCCACCUGGCCAACAUCUCCGAAGAGGAAGUGCAGGAGCACUUUGACAACUUCUUCGAGGAUGUGUUCGUGGAAUGUGAGACUAAGUACGGCGAGAUCGAGGAGAUGAACGUCUGCGACAACCUGGGCGACCACCUGGUCGGCAACGUGUACAUCAAGUUCCGACGCGAGGAGGACGCCGACAAGGCGGCAGAGGAGCUCAACAAGCGCUGGUUCGGCGGCCGGCCGGUGCACGCCGAGCUGAGUCCCGUGACCGACUUCCGCGAGGCCUGCUGCCGACAGUAUGAAGUCGGCGAGUGCACCCGCUCCGGCUUCUGCAACUUCAUGCACCUGAAGCCGAUCUCGCGCGAGCUGCGCAAGGAGCUGUACGGCCGGCGCGGCCCGGCCUAUGUGGGCGGCGGGCGGCGCCGCUCGCGCUCGCGGGACCGCGGCAGCGGAGGAGGCCGUGGCGGGUUCGACCGCGGCGGCGGCCGCUACCGGCGCUCUCGCUCCCGGGAGCGCCGUCGCUCGCGCAGCCGUGACCGCCGCGAUCGCGAGGGCCGCGCCGGCCGGUACUAGCAGCCGGUCGCCGACCACGCCGCGGUUUCGAGCGGCGGCCCUGGAAGUCGAGGUGCGCGAAGUCCGCGGCAGAUGGCAGCGCGGCGUGAGCGCUCACGCGACCUCGAAUGCAGCGAUGGAGUGACGAGUGGGAUGGUUGGGGUGGGCUGGGAAGGGGAAGGCUGUGUGAAGAUGGUGUGGACCAAGGUUUCCCUGUGUUUGUGUUGCGCUGUAGUGGGUCGGUUUUACGGCUGCGCGGCGCCAUCUUCAGGUAUUUGGUGCGCGAGUGUGGUGUGCAUCAUCCAUGAACCGGGGAACGUCUGCAGUGUGUCAACGGCCGGCGAACGUCGUCCCCCGCCGGCCGCGUUCCCAGAAGCCCGACCAGAACCACCUGACAGUGCUCGCCGCCGGGUGUCGUUCGUUGGGAAUACAUGCUCAUCAUCACA